AGUGAGCGUCCCAGCCCGGCGGCGGACGGUCGUCCCGGUCCCGGUCCGCGCCCCUCCGUCCGUCCUCUGCCCGGUGACCGGUCAUGGCCCGUCUGUGGACGCUGCUGGCGCUGCUGGCCGCCGCCGUCUCGGCGCCGCUCGAGUGCCCGCUGCCGGACGGUCCCGACUCGGCCGACGAGGCCACCUGCGGCCUCUACUCGGCCUGUGUGUGGGAGCAGGGCGGCUGCCGGCUGGCCGACCGCGUCGGCUACCAGCUGCUGGAGCCGCCGCACGUCAUCCACACGGGCUACGAGCUGCUGCUGGGCCGCCGGGACAGCGAGGUCACCAUGUUCGGAGACGACGUCGAGCGGCUGACGGUCACCGCUGUCGAGUACGACGACAACAGGAUGGCGCUGACGUACCGGGACACGGACGCGGCCCGGUACGAGGUGCCCGUCGAGCUGGACGUGCCGCCGCUGCCCACUCCGCCGCCGUCCGAUCCGCAGUACGCCAUCACACUGACGGCCACCGAGGCCGGCCAGACGUUCGGCGUCCAGGUGACGCACCGCCAGCGGCCCGUGAUCACCUCGCGGCCCGAGCUCAUCUACGGAGAUCAGUUCAUCGAGGCCACCUUCCUGCUGGGCGCCAGCGACCUGUACGGCUUCGGCGAGAACAACCACGACAGCUUCCGACACGACCUCGAGGCGGGCGUCACAUGGCCCAUCUUCGCCAACGGUCAUAUGCCUGGCGAUGAGAUCGAAAACUCGUACGGAGUACACCCAUUCUUCCUUGGAAUCGAAGACGACUCCGGGAGCAGUUUCGGCGUGCUGAUCCUCAACAGCAACGCAAUGGAGUACCGUCUGUUCCUGCUGGACGGCGUUCCCGCCCUGACGUACCGCACCACGGGCGGCAUCCUGGAUCUGUACCUGUUCUUUGGCGACUCGCCGCUGGAAGUGCUGCAGCAGUACCACCGCACCAUUGGGCUCCCCGUGAUGCCGCCCUACUGGGGCCUCGGCUUCCAGCUGUGCCGCUGGGGCUACAAGAGCGUCCAGGACAUCAGGGACGUUCGCCAGCGGAUGAAAGCAGCCCAGAUCCCCCAGGACGUUCAGUGGGCAGACAUUGACUACAUGGAUGGUAGUAGAGACUUUACAAUUGACCCAGUCAACUUCAAAGAUCUCCCAGAUUUUAUCAGUGAACUUCACGAAGAGGGCAUCCGUUUCGUGCCCAUCUACCAUCCUACGAUUGCCGCCGACUUCGAAACUUAUGGACCCGCUGACCGUGGCGUCGAGCAAGACGUCUUCGUAGGGUGGCUGAACUCUUCACUGGUUCCCGAGAACCAGUGCGAGGGCUGCAAGGACUACAUAGUCGCCAAGGAGCGGACCAGCGCGCCGGGCCUGUUCCCCAACUUCUUCGCGAACCGGACGCUGCAGUGGUGGAUAGACGAGAUCCGCCGGUUUAUCGCCGUUGCCGGAGGACCAGACGGGUUCUGGAUUGACGUGAACGAGCCCGCUGCGAUCAACACGAACGCCAAAGGCGGUCUCCAGUGUCCGCACACGCCGCUCGACUACCCGCCGUACCCCACCCGGUUCGUCAGGUCCGCCUUUAACCCGAGCGGCACCGUGGCCGACCAUACCAUAUGCAUGGCGAGCGUGCACGAGGCCGACCUGGACGGCGCCGCCACCUCGUACUACCAUUACGACGUGCAUAGCCUGUACGGCUGGAGCGAGAGCCGCGCCACGCGCGCCGCCGUGCGCGCCACCAUGGCCGGCCGGCGCAGUCUGAUCGUCAGUCGGAGCACGUUCGUCGGCGCGGGCCGCUGGGCCACCCACUGGACGGGCGACAACACCGCCAGAUGGAGCGACAUGAAACGGUCCGUUGUCGGUAUCCUGGAGUUCAGCAUGUUCGGCUUCCCGCACGUCGGCGCAGAUAUCUGUGGCUUUGGAGGUGACACCAGCGAACACCUCUGUCUGCGCUGGAUGCAGCUAGGAGCGUUCUACCCAUUCAGCCGCAACCACAACGCAAUCGAGAACAUUGACCAGGAUCCGGCCGUGUGGCCGUCGGUGGCUGCGGCGGCGCGCGACGCGCUCGGCCUCCGCUACCGGCUGCUGCCCUACCUGUACACGCUCUUCUGGCGCGCCUCCGAGAUGGGCGAGACGGUGACGCGGCCGCUGGCCUUCCAGUUCCCCUCGGACCCGACGCUGCGCGGCGUCGACACCCAGUUCCUGUGGGGCGACGCCGUCAUGGUGGCGCCCAUCCUGGACGAGGCCAGCAUCACGUCCGUCCACGUCACGUUCCCGGCCGGCCAGUGGUGGGACCUGCGCUCGGGCGCGCUGGCCUACGACGCCGACCACUCGGGCGGCGUGCUAUACCAGGUGGCGCUGGACGAGAUGAUCCCCGUGUUCGGCCGAGGCGGCGCCGCCGUGCCCACGCAGCGCAACGCCACCACGACGGCCGCCAGCCGCGCCAACCCGUUCUCGCUGGCGGUGUUCGGCUCCCAGGCGACCGGCAUGCUCUUCUGGGACGACGGAGAGACCACGGACACGUUCAAGGACGGCAGCUUCUACCACUGCCUCUUCCACUUCAGCGACAACACGCUCGACAUCCAGGUGACGCACAACGACACGCAGUGGAUGCCGGACCCGACGCUGUCCGAGAUCUCCUUCUACGGAGUGCCGUCGGAGCCGUCAUCGGUCAGCGCUGAUGGAGCUCCGCUGCCGGCCGACAGCGUGGUGUACGAGCCGGCCACGGGACUGCUGACGGUGCACACCAAGCUGGGCAUGGAGGCAGACCACCGGGUCGUGCUGAAUUAUUGACGAGACAUAAUCUCGUAUGUUAGGGACUUUGUAGAGGAGAUUAUGUAUGUAGGUAAUCUUGUAUGUAGUAAGAUUAUGUAUGUAGGUGAUGCCUACGCCUAAUCAGGGGAUGUGAAAAAGAAAAUGGUCACUCCAAAGCCUUAUAAACUUAAAUUACGUUUUAAUUAAGGCAUAAAUGAUUGCAUAAAGCUGUUAGAUAUUGCUGUCAUGCCUAACCAGGUAUCAAUGUGUCAUGCAGAAUUUAGUUUCCUGAACAUCGGGUGUUAGAAUGAGCAUCGCGCAAACAACACAUUGUUAUUUUUA